UGCAACCAAGUCUUAAAAUAGUGACUUGCUGUUUGUGUUUUCGAAAACUUCAGUUUUCCGGCUGAACUUAGUAUACAUAUCUUUUGCAGUUGUGUUUAACUCUUAAUAUUUAAUUAUUAUUACUUUAAAAUGUUCCGGAAUCAGUAUGACAACGAUGUUACAACUUGGAGUCCACAAGGCCGACUCCAUCAAGUCGAAUAUGCCAUGGAAGCUGUCAAACAAGGCUCUGCUACUGUUGGGAUCAAAAGCAACACUCAUGCUGUUCUAGUGGCUUUAAAACGAGCUUCAUCUGAAUUAUCCGCCCAUCAGAAAAAAAUCAUUCCCAUUGAUAACCACUGUGGCAUUGCUAUUGCUGGCUUAACAGCUGAUGCUCGACUUCUUAGUAAGUACAUGCGUACAGAAUGUUUAAACAGCCGAUUUAGCCGUGAUGCCCCAUUGCCGAUUAAUCGCCUUGUUACUCGACUGGGAAAUAAGAUGCAAGUAUGUACCCAACGCUAUGAUCGUAGACCAUAUGGUGUUGGCCUUCUUGUUGCUGGUUAUGACGAUCUUGGUCCUCACAUUUAUCAAACCUGUCCAUCUGCUAAUUACUUUGAUUGCAAGGCUAUGGCCAUAGGUGCUAGAUCUCAAUCAGCUAGAACCUACUUGGAAAAGUAUUUAAAUGAUUUCAAAGAUUGCAAUUUAGAGGAAUUGGUGAAACAUGCUCUACGUGCUCUUCGUGAGUGUUUGCCUAAUGAAGUUGAAUUAAAUUCAAAGAAUGCAUCAGUUGCCAUUGUUGGAAAGGGCAUGGACUUUUCAUUGUAUGAAGAUGAGAAAGUGGAACCCUAUUUGCAAGCCAUAGCAGGCGAUGAGAGACCUCGAAGAGGAGGUGUUGCUGGAAGUGGAGAUGAACCUGGUGAUAGUAAACCUGAUGAUGCUGCACCAAAAAGACCAGAACCUGAAGCAGCAGUUGAAACUAUGGCUGUUGAUUAAACUCUAAAUGAACAAUUAGUUACUUUUGUGAAAUUCAAUUAUUCUUAUUCAAAUGUCUAAUGUUUUAAAGAACAUGUUUUUUGAUAAUAUACAAUGAAUAACU